UCAUUGAGAAGGAGUGUCAUUCACUCGAUUCAAUAUUUUGAUGGAUUUAAUUGAACGUAGACGCUUUCGUACAAUAACACGGACAAUAUCAUGUCCGUAAAAACUAUAGCUACUGUAUCUUGUUCAAUAUUUUGCAUUGUAAUAAUAAUAUUAUCUCUUGUCACUAAUUAUUGGUAUGAAUUUGAAGAAGAAUUGUCACAAGAUAGAAAGACAUUAGUAAAAUCAGUAUUUGAAGACAAGUCUUCAAAUCACUCGGUUAUUUUCACUAGAGUUGGUCUAUGGGAACAGUGCAAUACAGUAAUAUACAAUCACCUUAGAGAAGAUGAAAAGGAAAUGACAGAAAAAUGUGAAAGCUACAAAGUUCCCAGUUAUAUAAAUAAUUGGACUAUUCGGCGAAAUGUUUUGGUCAUAUUUUAUAUUAUUUCCUUGUUAUUGACACUGGUGGCUUUUGCAUUUGAAACAAUUUAUUGUGUGACCAGGAAGUAUUAUUUUCCUGUUGGUAGAAUCGCUCUAUGUUUUUUCAUAUCAGCAUUAUUAAUUCUGAUUUCGUUAUCUGUAUACACAAAUACAUUCAUCAGACAAAAUAUCGCUUUUUCAUGGUCAUACGGUGCAGGUUGGUCAGCGGUUGUUAUGUAUAUAAUAAGUAUUGUUUUGCUCUAUGCUGAUAAAUAAAAAUGUUUGUAAAAAAUAGUCAAUAAAAAAUAUUCAAAUUUAAUUUGAAACCUUUGAA